GUUGUGGAAUACUAAUUCUAUUCUCUAAAAUCCAUGGGACUUUAUUAUUUAAUUUGUUGUUUCAUUCAAUAUUUUAUCAUUUUAACAAUUCACAUUGAGGUGAUCUGUUCAACAAUAGAGUUAAGUCAACAACAGCAACAACAAGAUCGUUUGGCAACAUUUUCAUUAAAAUUUUUAGAAUUUCAUAAUCAUGCACAUCGACGUAAUGAUGGUAGUUGUUGUGGUCGUCCUAUACAGUCAUCUUCAUCAACAACUAUAAAAGUAGAAACAGAAAUAUGCAAGGCAGAAUGUGCAUUGGAAUUUCGUAUCUGUAUUGAACCUUAUACAAUAAUCAGCAUAUUAUCAAAUAGUACAAAAAUUUAUAAUGGUCCUUGUAUGUAUGGUGAAGUAUACACUGGUCAUUGGGGUAAUACAGAUAUUACAUAUGGUUUAUUAGAAGCCUGUGUACACUCUAUUGGAAUUAUGCAUCCAUGA